UAGAAUCUUCUGAUCCGUAGUCAGACGCGUUAUCCAUUGCGCCACUAGCCCUGCGAAAAACUUAUGUAUCGUAUUUCCUGAGUGAUGACUCGCAGGCACCCAAAAGGUAAACAUGACAAGAACAGACAAAAGACAAAACAUAUUUGCCUUAUCUUGAUUCAUUAGGCUAAAAUUUGUGCAUUAUGUGCCGUAAACACGAGUAAAAGUCGAGCUAGCCAGGAGUCGAACCUAGAAUCUUCUGAUCCGUAGUCAGACGCGUUAUCCAUUGCGCCACUAGCCCAUAAAACUACAGUAUCAUCUGUAUCCAGUUUCUGAUGACUUUCAGGGUUCGUUCUGAUUUUAAUUCUGAUUUUUGGCGGAACAUUCACACCAUGGCCAUGUUUACUCCACAAUUAGUCCUCAUGAGUCCUCCAACCACACAGGAAAGUAAACUCCACUACUAUUGUCUCCAUUUUGUCACUAGAGGGCGCCAUUGACUUACUCAAAUAAUUUCAUUGUUUGUUGAGCAGACGGUUCUUUUUGUUGCAAUAAAUGCCACCUUAUCUCACAACCUGCGAUCUAGAGGAUUUUUUUGUAAGUAUUCAUAAAGUUUUACAGUGGAGAUUCUCACGCAGGACUGAAUACACUCUCUUGAAUUUUUCUGCUGCUGUCAUUACUAAAGUUUCACAGGCGCAUUAUUUUUGCAAGGGAUGCUGGUGUGAAUGGGCUGAUCCACUGGUCGCAGGUAUUGUGACUGGAGGAGGGAGCAAGAGCUGCAGGGAGCAGAGAAGUUACUAACUCUUCGGAAAUAUUUUGUUGUUUCAAACCUUUGUUUAGAUUGACUUACUGUGAAUAUCAGUUGAGUCAGCAUUGGUGGAAGUAUGUGCAUGGAGUGAAGCCUUGCAAUUUUUUUUUCUUCCGAAAUUUCAUCCAUCAAAAGCAUCGUGCGCGUCAGUGCGCCUCGCUGACCCGCAUUCGUCUCGUCUCUGUCGGAUCAUGUGGAUUAUUUUUGCGUUUAUUCUGGCAGCAGCGGGUCCUGAUGGGAGCUGGGGCUCGGGAUGUCAGCUGCCCCGCGACUGGAGACCGCAGACAGAAGCGUGCCGUGCAGAGCUGGCGGAGUUCAUAGUCUUUGCUAAGGUGCUAGCGCUGCACAAGGAGUCUUACAAUGUGUAUAACUACCUGCCUACCUCCGACACCGAGCAUCUUUUCUCCGCUGAGAUUGAGCUGCUGUGCGACCAGGCGUGGGGCAGCAUGCUGGAGGUCCCCGCAGGCUCCCGGUUCAAUGUCACUGGCAUGGGCUACUUCACCUGCUUCUCCUACAGUGUCACCAAAAACAACAACUACUACUUUUUCCUCAGGAUGGAUGAGAACUACAAUAUUAUGCCUCAUGGAGUGAACUUCCAGGACCCAAUCUUCCCCGACACUGCAGAGAACCAUCGCAUAUUCGCCAGCCUUUUCCAGUUUGCCAACUGCACAUCUGGUACUCAGGUCCACAGCUUCACCCCAGAGUGGGAGGCUCAGGAGGACAGCAGGUUGUUGUGCUCCGCAGUGCAGAAGGCUCUGUUUGAGGAGGAGGAGAGAGUCUGGACUCUUUCUCAGAAGGUGCGCUCUUUGGAGAAAGCCAACGAUCACCUGAGAGAAAGAGUGAAGACCAUGAAGCGUCUGCUACGCCAGGCCCAACGGGAAACAACGAAGGAGCAACAGACCCUGAGCCUCAAACAGCUCUAUGAAAAAAAGACGCCCCAAACUCACCCUGACCAGGAGACUGCCCAGGACCAAAGGAACCAGCCGCUAAAGAAGGUCCUGACCAAGACGCUAAAAAACUAGAGACAGCGUUGAUCAAUUCAGUGUUACAAAAUGGACUUUAAUUGUAAUUUCAUUACAUCCUCCAGGCUUUCAGCCUAAUUAAAGGGAAACAUUGGAAUUUUUCAACCUAGUCAAUUUUUUCCCAUGUUUUUUUGUCACUAGUAACUAAUGGGAACAAGGGUUUUUGAAUUUGGUCUAGUAUUAAGAUAGAGUGCUACAGC